AUGUUGAUUUGUUACUCUCUUCUAUUCGACAGGUUUGUUUGUUUGUUUGUUUGUUUUUCCUUGUUCCCGGUUUCCUCAUUUGUCUUUCCUUUUCCUAUACUGCUUUUCAUAUCCGAAAUUAUAUUUGAACUUUUGCUGGCUAAUCCUGUGAAGCUUAUGCACGAACAAAUCCAGAAGCUCCUCUUAAUGGGCCCUGCGAGGGCGGGAAAGACCAGCAUGCGGAGUAUAAUCUUUGAUAACUAUUUACCUCGCGACACACUACGACUGGCAAUAACAAUAUCGCAUGAGGAAAGCCGUGUUCGGUUAUUAAAUAACAUGUACGUGAACCUGUGGGACUGCGGCGGGCAACAGCAGUACGUAGCGGAAUAUUUGAAUCGACAGAGAGAGUGCAUAUUUCGUAAUGUUGGUGUGCUCUUAUUUGUCUUUGAUAUCAGUAGCAUGAGCCGCGAGGAGAGUGACGUGUUCGGGGGGAAAACUUCCGAACAGAACUUGAGAGAUACGUUUCAGUACUUCCGUGAGGCAGUGCAGCAUGUCCGUACGUACAGUCCACAGGCGAAGGUGUUUGUGCUACUGCACAAAAUGGAUGUCAUUCAACAGAAGUUGCGUAGCAGCAUUUUUGAGUCGCGGAAAAGGGAAAUACUGAAGGAAGUUGAAAACGUUGGUGGUUCCGGUGGUGACGUUCAAUUCUUUGCCACUAGUAUAUACGAUGACACGCUAUAUCUUGCUUACAGCAACAUUGUGAGAUCGCUUAUUCCGCAUUGUGAUGUUCUGACGAGGGCGAUGGAGAAGUUGCUUGUGUCUUGUAACGCCUCUGAAGUUGCGCUGUACGAGCGCGGUACCUUUCUUUGUUUGACAUACGUUAGCAAAAUUGACGCUGCUGCCGCUGAUAAUGGGAGUUUGAUAGCUGAAGACGAUGGCAGUAACAGGGGUGAUCGCUGUUCGGGAACUGAAUCGCGAACGACUAAAGUUAGUGAGACAGUGAAGCAUUUUAAGUUGAGCUGCAUGAAUAAUGCAACAAGUCUGGAAGGAUACCAGAUGACAACGACCACGUUUACGGCACUCCUUCAUCCGUUUACGAGCUGUACGUAUGUUCUCAUCUUCUCCGAAGACACUAGUGUUAAUGUUGAGCUUCACAGAAUUAACGUGCUAAGCGCCAGGUGGAAUUUUGAGCAGUUUCUUCUCUCAGGAGAUAGCAUCGCUGAGGAAAUGCGUAAAGUGUUGUAG